AUAUGUAGCUAGGUUCCCGGCUCCGGGCCGCGGGAGCGCAAGUUUGGCCCUUAGCCCGACCUCCCGCCCAGGCUCGGGCUCCCUGGAGAACGAGUGUCCGGGAGAGAGGGUGAGGCCGGGCACCCACAAGGGCCCUUCGGAAGCUCCCAGCACCCUAUCGGGACCGAGAAGGGGCAUCCAUUGAAUUAAAUUUUGAACGCCUUCAUUCCGGGCUCUCUCCCCCAACCGAAAGCCCCGUGACUCCCGCCCCCACACGCCUGCGCGUCCGCCUCGGCUCCGCGACUUUGCACCGGCCACGCGCUCCGCUUGUCCUAUUCGCCUUCUCGCCUGCCCAAAUCUGGCCGCCGCCCCACCCGCCCCCGGACCUCCGCCUGCGGCCGGCCUUCCGGCCGUACAGUUUGGAAGGACCUUGGAGCAUACUGUUUCCAGGGAGCGAGUGCUUUUCGAACUAAUGGGAGUCCCGAGGUCCAAAAGGCUGCGAGAAGCUGGACUACGAUUGGCCAGUCUGUGCUGCGUGUUGGCGGCACGAUUGGCUGAGGCUGAGGGCCGGGGCUGCAUGCCGCCGCGGGAUUGGCUGUGGGCUCCCAGGGCCCGCCUCUCGCGCUGUCGACGCAGCCCCGGUUGGCGUGGGGGGAGUACGGAGGGCUGCAAAGGCUGGCGAGCUCCGGGGAACAUGGCGGCGGCGGACCUCGCCCAGAUUCCCGAUGUGGACAUCGACCCGGACGGCGUCUUCAAGUACGUGCUGAUUCGAGUCCGCGCGGCAGCGCCGUCCGAGGCCCCGGCCGGGGAGAGCAAGGACAUCGUGCGCGGCUACAAGUGGGCCGAGUACCACGCCGACAUCUACGACAAGGUAUCUGGCGAGAUGCAGAAGAAGGGCUAUGACUGCGAGUGCCUGGGAGGCGGGCGCAUUUCCCACCAGAGCCAGGACAAGAAGAUCCACGUGUAUGGCUACUCCAUGGGAUUUGGUCGGGCCCAGCACUCCGUCUCCACUGAGAAGAUCAAGGCCAGGUACCCUGAUUACGAGGUCACGUGGGCUGAUGACGGCUACUGAGGGCCCCUGAGGCCUGCUGACUCCAGCUGCCCGUUCAGGACUCUGCCCCUGAAGCCCCCUCCAUACCCGCCCUGUCCCAGCGUCCUGCCACCCUGCACAGACCUCGGGGACAGACACCAGCCUGGCCCAGGGCUCAGGUUUACCUCGCCAACUGGAAUUAAAUAAAGUAUUGUCACCUCA